UUCUUGUCAAAUCACAGCAGCAGCCUUCAGGACAUACCGCUGAUCCGGAUACAUUGCACCUUCAAUUCAAGAGAGUCCAACAUAUUCUCUCUGCUCUGAGGAGGAAGACAAGCCAAAGGAUAGCAGGGCUUUACCUGAUCCUUGCCUCAUUCAGAGAGCAGGAAACUUGAGCACAAAAACCGGGGCGAGCCAUUAUAAGCUACCACUGAAAUAAGAAACUCUGAACCGAGCGACUUCGGCACUGACGGCUGGUUGCUGUGCUUGAAGAAAAGCGUCAGGAUGCUUGCUAAAAUCCUGGAGGAGAUGUGGGUUGAGCCGGAGGUUCUGGAGGCGCUGAGCGAAGAGCAGAAGAGGAUCCUCUUCCUGAAAAUGAGAGAGGAGCAAGUACGCCGUUGGAAGGAGAGGGAGGAACGGCAAGAAGAAGACAAAAGAAAGCCAAAGAAAGCCACCAACAAGCACGUGAGCUGGCUCCUCGGGCGUGAUGGAGAUGUGUGUGUCCGUGUGAUUGGAGAAGUGGACGAGUUCAGGUCCUCCAAACUUCUCCAGAACCUUCUCAAUAACAGGCUCCAUCCUGAUAAUAUGAAUGGCAUCCAGACAGCAGACACGCAGGCAGGAAAAACCGCCCGGCAGCUUGGAUUUAAAGAAGAAACCCAGCUCGCCCUCACUGAUGACGCGGCUAAUGACCCCGACUCACCAAACGUCCAAUCGUCUGAGGAUGAGAUGGACGCCUACAGCGCAGAUGACGACCUGAAAGACCCUGGCCAGAGCAGUGACAGUGAAUCAGGCAGCAGCUCGGACAAUCUCAGUGACUGGGCUCCUCUCUACAGGCCCCAUCUUAGUAGCCAUGGCAACAAACCAGCACUCAAAGCCCAGCUGUUAGACGCAGAAAGGGUCAGCACACAGGCCAGAGAUGGCUUAACUGUUCAAGAAAAUAAGUCAGAAUAUGGAGGCAGAGUGGCCCAGCUCAGGAAAGCCUUUGGAUCUGUUCCUUCUCAUAGCUUCAGUAAGCCUCCGUUGCCUGCAAAACCUGCUCAUCUACUGACCAGAGGCACAUCACUGAUCCAUUAACACGCCGCUCGGCCUGCUGUGAAACAAUGCUGUGGCCCCAAAGAGACUGAUGAACUGAAUUGUGUCAUGAGUACUGUGCAAAGAGUAACUCCAGACUUAAGACAUCUGUGGUCCUGCUCAGGCCACAUGAAGGCGGAACAGGACCCUGACUCGAACCCCAAAGUUCAAUUGGGUAUGGAGUAAUAUGCAGAGAGAGCUCAAUCACCAUCUUGGACAACAUUCAAAUGAAUUCUAAUAACCAGCGGCGCUUUGUUUUCAUGGUACAGGUAUUACCCUUCUUGUGUGUUUAUGGUGCAUUCGCAUGUGAAGUAUCAUACUCGAAAACAACCUACUAUAAAGUGCUUGAACAAAUGAUUUGACAUUGUGACGGUGUUUCAAUACAGUACAAUGAUCCCAGCAAUUCUGAGUUUUAGUGCACUGAGAUGAUAGGACACACCAAGUAAUGUCAUCUUACUACUUCAUUCUUCAACUCAAACAGAAAGACAAAAGUCCACUCAAAGGAUAGAAGUCAAUUAAUUCAAAGAAACUGCUCAAUAGCUACAACAAACACAAAACAAGAGGACCUUUUUGCAUGAACAUCAUGAAAGUGUGUACAGUUCACUCAGUGGCCAAAACUUGAGGUACUUGUACAUCUGCACAAGCCGAUUCAUGGACAAUGCAAAGCACAAGUAGGAUACAGUUAUUGAAUAAAUAAAUAUUCAACCGGCUCGCCAUAACAGUGCAAGUGUGUUGAAUCUUCACAGCACUUUCAUUUCUUGUCAAGUGUACUGGUUACCGCAGCCAGGAUAAACCGUGAAUGCCAAAUAUUUACAGACCAAACUGCACUGUGUCUCUUUAGGGUGGUUCAGAAAAAAA